UGAGGUUAUCCUGUUAAAUAACCACCUGAAAGCAAAGGCGAACACUAGUUGGCAUCGGUGGUCAGCAGUGCUGACUGGAGUGAACAGGGUUGUGUGUUGUUAACGAAGUGAAAGCUGAGGUGAGCGUCGAGCUAAACGGUUUACCGACCUGAAGCUCGAGUUUACACGUUUUCUCAUGGGGCGGUGAACGCCACACUCGCUUUAUCUCGCGAGAGAACGCCUCCUUGGACAACGCUGUACGUGGCUUCACAGCUGAGGACUGGGAGUGUUUACUGGGAUGCUCAAGUUAAAGGCAGAGAGAGUGUGUGUGUGUGUGUGUGUGUGUGUGUGUGGACAUUGACUACAUGUCGCCUGUGUGUGUGGACUGAGAACAGCUGCUGCUUUGUAUCGACGCUUCCUCGUCACGCAGCAGCCUGACGGAGAGCUGGUCCAGGAGCUGCCGCCGCUGCUGUCCGAGCUCUGCUUCCCCGGCCCGUCGUCCAGCCUGUCGGUGUGAUAUGGCGGAGAGCGGCUCGUCGGUUGAAUUCUCCGGCUCUCUGACGGGCUCGUCUCUUCCGCCGCCGAGGACCCGCAUCUUCAAGAUCAUCGUGAUCGGGGACUCGGGUGUCGGGAAGACCUGCCUCACCUACCGCUUCUGUGCCGGCAAGUUCCCCGAGAAGACCGAGGCCACGAUCGGGGUGGACUUCAGGGAGAGGCUGGUCGAGAUUGACGGCGAGAAAAUCAAGAUCCAGCUGUGGGACACUGCAGGCCAGGAGCGCUUCAGGAAGUCGAUGGUGCAGCACUACUACCGCAACGUGCACGCUGUUGUCUUCGUCUACGAUGUCACCAACGCAGCCAGCUUCCGCAGCCUCCCCGCCUGGAUUGAGGAGUGCAAGCAGCACGCACUGGGCAGCGAGGUACCCAGGAUCCUAGUUGGAAACAAAUGCGACCUCCAAGACUCCGUCCAGGUUGGCACAGACGUGGCGCAACAGUUCGCCGACGUCCACUCCAUGCCCGUGUUCGAGACGUCCGCCAAGAACCCAAACAGUCAAGGAGACGGAAACCACGGCAGAGGGAACAGUGACCACGUUGAGGCUAUUUUUAUGACGGUGGCCCACAAGCUGAAGUCUCAGAAACCUCUGGUGUUGAGCCAGCCAGCCGAGGGGACGGGGGCUACCAUCAACCUGAGCAGCAGAGGAAGGGACAACGGGGGAGACGGGGCCAGAGGCUGGGGCUGCAGCAGCUGCUGAGGGAGGAAACAUGGAGGGCAGGAGGGAGACAACUCCAGCCUGAGGCCAUACAGGAUGGAAGAGAUUGAUGACGGAAAGAGUAGAGGUCUAGAACGAAAGAACCCUUCUAGCAAAAUGGCUUCAUAAUCAGCACAACACACAGAUGAAUGUUUCCAUUUGAAGAGGAUGCAUUUUUUUCCAAUGCUUGUGCUUAACUUUAUAAAUGACUUCGAGAUCAGGGCUGGUAGUUACAGUAUGAUUGUUGUUUAGGAAACGCCAAAAUCGAUCGUCCGUUCAUGGAAAUUAUCCUGAACAAGGGGCCAAAAUCAGUUCCCCUCACUCAGUAAUGAUUUAAGUUCCUCAGCCUGCACCACUGAAGUUUCAGUCGUCGUAUCUUCAUGAGUUCUGCGGCACACACGGAGACGCAGUGGCAUUAUUAACCGAGGGACUUUGAGGGAAGUGCCACAGAAAUGUCUCUCUGGAAGAAGCUGAGUUUCAUUUCUUCAUGGAGACUUGUGAGAGGUGGACAUAAUGACAGAGCACAUUAAUACAAUACAAGCUACACCAUUUCAUCUGAGCGUGUUAGGACUGUCUGAGAGGUUUUAUUCGUAGCACCGUCCGUAUCGUACUGACCGUAUUAUAUUGGCAGGUGUAUGUUUUGUUUUAUCUGCCUCCUUCUUGUACGCGUCACAGGUGGUUGUUUUUAACGCAACCAUUUCAUUAAAGGUGCCGUGUGGAGUUACCAACACAGUUAUGUUUACACCAACAUGUGUCCCUGACUAUUAUUUUUGAAGCUUAACAAACAUGUUGAAUAUGUUUCGUUUGACAAAAACAUAUUUAACACAUUAUUCAUAUUUGUACCACUGUCGUAAACAUGAACAUGAUUUAUGAUUAUAUUACUUCAAAAACACAAAAACUAGCCAUUUAACAACUUUGCUAACAUCUGCCAAAUAUCAAACAAUGUUGCUUUAAUAUUCUUGUGUAUGUAAUGACAUGUUAAUAACAUGUCAUUACAUAAAUAAAACAGGGACACACUCAUUUCUUUAUGGUGGUUGAAAACUCCACAGGGUACAUUUAACGUCUGGUUGUUUGAAAUUCUUUUAGAUUCUUUAAAGGAAAUGUGCAUCGAGGGAAGUGUCAUAUCGAUUUCUCUAUAUAGAGCUUUACUAAAUCUUGCAAGUUGAUUUGGGGGAAAAAAAUCUUCCAUUUUCAUACUGCCUAAGAAACCGUAUUCAUAUUUUCACACUUAUUUAGCUAUAAUCAUAAGGGAAUACUCAAAUAUGUUGAACUAUGUUUUUAAUAUUUACUGUAAUUGUAAGUGCAGCUGGAAGCUUUGGACUAGUCAAGGCUCGUUCACGCAACUCUGAGCUUGUAGAUGGGCUGAUGUGGAAAGGUCACACAUGGUGAGCUGAAUUAUGGGUAGUCAGAUUGGGCGAGGUCAACCCCCCUAUCCAUUUUUUUUUUUUUUUUUUUUUA